UAUGUAUUGUAAAGAAAAUGAGCAAAAAUAUAGAUAAAUGUAAAUAUUAUAUAGGUCUAGAAAUAUAGUGGUGGUGGAUCUUAUGAUAAAGAAGGAAAUUAGAUAAAAAUUGGAAAUUGGGUAGAGCUGGAUGAAAACUGUUAAGUAACUUAUAAAGGUGAAUAUAAUAUAAAAGGCAUGAAAGUAAGCAGAUGGGAUAUUAUGUAUUGUGAAUAUAACAAGCUAGAAUAUAAAUAAAUGUAAAUAUAAUAUAAGAAGAAGAAAUAUAUAGAGGUGGUGGAUCAUAUGAUCAGGAAGGAAAUUAGAUAAAGAUUGGAAUAUGGGUUGAUUUGGAUGAAUGGUUUUCUUCAUCAUUAUAAAUCAUUUAUAAAGGUUAAUAUAAUAUGUCUGGUAUGAAGGUAG